AUGAAUCGAAUCUGGAUUGCUUUGACUAUUUUGUUGAUUGUGUCAACGUUGGCAACAUGUGCACCAGGAAGGGUAAGGAGAGAUAGCGGUGAAGGCGGAGGUGGUGGCGGUGGAGGUGGAGGUGGAGGAGAUGGCGGUGUUGACGGUGGAGGAGGAGACGGAGGAGGUUGCGGAGGUGGUGGAGGUGGAGGCUGCGGUGGAUGCGGCGGAGGCUGUGGUGGAUGUGGUACCGGUGGUGGUGGAGCCGCUGGAGGAGGAGAGGGAGACGGAGGAGUAGAUGGUGGUGGCGGAGGAUGCGGGACAGCUGGCGGUGGUGCUGGCGGGAAAAGUGGCAUUGGAGGAGGCGGACACGGUUAUGGGCACUGGGGCGGUGGUGGUUAUGGAUACGGUCAUGGAUACGGCCACGGCCACGGAGGAGGUGGUGGUGGUGGUGGUGGUGGUGAUGGAGGCGGAAGCGCAGGAGGAGGAGGUGGUGGAGGAGGAGGAGGAGGAGGAGGAAGCGGUGGAGGUAGUUCCUCAGACAGCGGGGAAGGAGGUGGAGGCGGUGGAGGUGGUGGCGGUGGAUCUGCCGCUGGUGGUGGUGGAGGAGGAACAGAUGGCGGUGCAUGGCACGCUCCUGCUCCUUCUGGUGGACACACAAUCAGUACCGUACAUGUUCCUCAACUCCAUCCGGUGCCCAUACCAAAACCAGAACCCUACCCUGUCCCUAUUCCUGUUCCUCAAGCACCUAAGAUACACUACGUCGAGAAACCAAUUUACGUCCCUGUUCCUGCAGCUGGUGGUGGAAGUGGAAAUGGAGGCGGUAGUGCUGGAGGAGACGGUGGCGAUGCAGCAGGAGGAGGAGGUGGCGGCGGCGGCGGCGGAGGUGGUGGAGGAGAUGGCGAUGGCGGAGAUGGAGAUGGGGCUGGAGGUGGUGGUGGUGGUGGAGGAGGAGGAGGUGGUGGUGGUGGAGGUAGAGGAAGAGGCGGCAGUGCUGCAGGAGGUGGAAAUGGUGGAGGUGACGGUGGAGGCGCUGGUGGUGGAGCUGGAGGAGGAGGAGGUGGUGGAGGUAGAGGAGGAGGUGGCAGUGCUGCAGGAGGUGGAAAUGGUGGAGGUGACGGUGGAGGUGACGGUGGAGGCGCUGGUGAUGGAGCUGGAGGAGGAGGAGGUGGUGGAGGUAGAGGGGGAGGUGGCAGUGCUGCAGGAGGUGGAAAUGGUGGAGGUGACGGUGGAGGCGCUGGUGGUGGAGCUGGAGGAGAUGGAGACAGAGCUGGUGGGGAAAGCGCUCCUGGAGAUGGAGGAAAUGGUGAAGGAGGCAACGGUAAUGGCGGUGGUGGUGAAGGUGGCAAUGGAGGUGGUGGGUGUGGUACUGGCUUUGGCAGACAAAGAAGGAGCAGCAGCAGCAGCAGCAGCAGCAGUAUUAGUGAAAGCAGCAGUAGCAGUGAAGAGUGUGGGGUCGGAGGCGGAGGAAUCGGUGGAUGUGGGGUUGGAUUUGCUGCGGGAGGACUGAGUGUCGGUGAACAUGGUGAAGGCGGCGACGGGGUUGGUGCCGGAGGUGGAGGUGGCGCUGGAGAUGGUGAGGGAGGGGCUGGUGCUGCUGGUGAUGGCGAUGGUGCCGGUGGUGGUGAUGGUGCUGGUGGAGAUGGUGGCGGUGCUGGUGGUGCCGAUGGUGGUGGCGAUGGUGAUGGUGGGGAUGGCGGUGACGGUGGACAUGGAUUUGGCGGUGAUUUCGGCAGAGAUGGUGCCGGUGUUCUUGGUGGAUAUGAUGGUUUUGGUGGCUUUGCUGGAUUGGAUAGUUGGAAUUUUGGGAAAUAA